GAUAGCUCAAUCUUAGGUGGGUUAGCACUCGUUGUUGCCGACUCCACCAUACUUCAUCCCAUCCACCUCAAAUGGCUUUUGGAAGCUACCCAUUCUAGCUUCCAUAGUAUCAUAUUCUUCAAAAUACCCAGGAUAUCCUCUUUGCAGCAUAGUAGUACAUUGCACCUUUGCACUGGAGCCAUGAUUUGGAUCUUCCUUGGGGUGCAUACUAAGCACCCCUCAUUUUUUUAUUAAAAAAAAAAAAAACACUUUUCCUUUUUAUUUUCUCUCUUUCCUACUCGGAAAAGGAAUUAGAUGAAGCUAACCUAACCGCCUCAAUUUAAAAACAACGGUAAUAAUAAAAAGGGAUUGAUAUAUAAAACAAUUUUGUAUGUUUUCUCAAUCACAAAACAAACCCAUAUCUUUCAAAUUUGAUGUGAUUUUUUUCAAGAAAGCCAUCAAAAUCCAAAAGGCACCGAUCGAGAAAGGAAGAAAGGUCAUAGGAUUUGUUUUCAAGGGUCCUUUUUUGAUCACCAGGUUUUUGUGAUUUUGAGUUCUGUGUUAGCAUAGCAAUCAUGAGAUUCUUAAAGGGUAGUAAGGUGGAGGUACUAAAGAAUAAACAGGUGCCUCCAGGGGAGUGGCAUUGUGCGAAGAUUAUCUCUGGUAAUGGGCACACUUACAGUGUUAUGUACGAAGGUUCUCUCAAAAUUACAGCCGAGGUAGUUGUGGAGAGAGUGCCAAGGAAGGCUAUUAGGCCUUGCCCUCCUCCCAUGGAAACUGUGGAGGAUUGGGCAGUUGGAGAUGUUGCAGAAGUGUUUAACGUUGGUUCUUGGAGAAUGGCUAUGAUUCUGAAGGUUUUGGGUGGGGAUUAUCAUUUGGUUAGGCUAUUGGGAUCUUCUGAGAAGUUCAGAGUUCACAAAUCUAACAUCCGGGUGCGUCAAGUUUGGCAAGAUGACAAAUGGGUUGUGAUCAGAAAGGGUUCUUGUAAUUCUUUGCUUGUGAAGUCCAACAAACCAUCUAGCUUGAACUUUCAUCAGAUGACCUCUGAGUUUCUGCCACGCGAUACAAGGAAAAAGAUGCAGGCAGGAAAUACUUGUUUAGCUGCUCAAGACAAUAUUUGUUUGCAGAAGGCUCAUGUUGUCUCAUCCAGAACAUUGAAGAGAGCGUCCCCUUAUUGCUCUACUCAUACUGAAGCAUAUUCUGGAAAAAUGAGAGGAAUUGAGAAAGAGGGUGAGCGUCAAAGAGUCAUUUCAGAGUCUACAUUCCCCUUGCUGAAAAAGGUAGAUGCUGUAGCUUACCCACAAGCAAAUCUGGGUGAAAAAUACACGCAUGAUUCCUUUAAUAAACAAACAACCGGAUAUUUUGAUUUGGAAAGGGUAAAUCAGAAUGGUUCUAUUUUGAUUUUUCAUGGAAGAAGUUCGGAACCUAUUCAUUGUGAUGGUGAUGCAUCUUCUGUUGGUAGUUGUAGUGUUGUUACUGAUAGUUCAAAUAGGUUGUCAGGUCACAUUUUAUCAUGUCCUCCUCAAGAUGCCAAUACCCUUAAUAGUGAUGCAGAUUCCUGUUAUGAUUGUAGAGAUGAGGAAGGAAGAGGUCCCCUCUCUCUGAAAGAUAAUUUAGCAACAAGCAUCAAUAGAUUAGAGUUGCAUGAUUAUCGCAGCACUCUGGAGGCAAUAUAUGCUUCUGGGCCCUUAAGUUGGGAGCAAGAAGCUCUAUUGACAAAUCUUCGUGUUUGAUUCAAUAUUUCGAAUGAUGAACAUUUGAUGGAGAUAAGAAAUCUAAAAUCAGCUGGGUAUGGCCUUCAUCUUAGUUAAAUUUUUUAUCAAGGGAUA